AUGACACAAUUCGACGAUUCACCCUCACAAGCAAACAACCCUGCUGGGAACCGAAAGCGAAAGCUUGAAACGAAAGCAAAAACUGAAGCGUCCUGCUGCUGCUCCACUUGCAACCGUGAGUUCCAAUCACGAAAUCAACUCUUCCAGCAGCUGCGAGCUUCCAACAAUGGCUGUUGCGAUCCCAAUCAUGUUGCAUCUUCUACAACUACGGAUGGAGCGUUAUUAUCGUCACAUCGACAACACCAACAGCAAAUAAUACAGCACAAACGGGUUGUUUUGAUUGUCGCAUAUUUGGGAAAGAACUAUCAUGGAUCGGCACGGAACGAUUGUACCGAUUCGGUUCCUACCGUGGAAGGUUGUCUGUGGAAGGCCAUUGGUCAGGCGUUUCCACAAGACGAUAAUGAAACUAUUCGUCAGGCCAAGGCUGCCUUUCAAGAACACAUUGCCACCAAGACCAACCCGAAAGGCAUGACAAGGAGUUCUAGGACCGACAAGGGUGUUUCGGCAUUGGGCAAUGUCUUUAGUUUGAUGUUGCCGUGGGUGUUGUGGUCCAGUGAAACUAUCUUUGAAGACAAAGUCAAUUCUUUCUUGCCCAAUGAUAUUCGGUUGUUACGAGCCAUGUCAUUAUCAUUAUCAUUAUCAUCAUCAUCAUUAUCAUCGUCGUCAUCUCCAAGCAGCAAUCAUCUUCCACUGUCAUCCUUGGAUGCCCGGAGUCAUUGCGAAGCGCGACGGUAUCGAUACUUUGUUCCCGCCCAAGCAUUCAAGCGCACAGGCAUACCAGAAAAUAAUAAUGAAAGCCUAAUGGACUUGAGAAAGCGUCUCAAACAAGUGUUGCUACAGUGGGGCGGGACCCACUCCUUUCAUAAUUUUACCAACUGGAAGCCAGAGUCGCCGCACAAUAAUAACACUGCUACUAGGGACUCUCAGAAGAGUGACAAGGAAAAAGUAAACAACACUGCUGAAGCAUCUGCUAAAGCAAGUACUGAUGAAAAAGAGCUGGAAGAAGAACCAACCUUUUUCCGGCACAUUCUCCGAUGUCACGUGGAGGAUGUGAUACGACAUAACGAUACAGAUGAUUUUUUAGUCAUUUCCAUCAAGGGACAAUCCUUCUUGUAUCAUCAGAUUCGCAAGAUGAUGGGAACUACUAUAGCCAUUAUGAAUGGAAGUCUACCAGCUGACUUUAUAAUCAAGGCGUUUCAAGAAAAGGAGACUUUGUUGGGUGAGCAAGCACCACUGGCACCGUCCGAAGGCCUAGUCAUGGUAGAAGCCAUGUACUCGAAGUAUUGCAGCAAGCACAAUGUGGAGCCGAUUGGUCUGGGAAGCAAGCUUUUCCACCGUGAGAAAAAGAAAACGAAUUGCAAGAAAGACAAGGAAGAGGAAGCAAGCCGCAGGGAACUCUGGCAAGCUGCUUCAGCCAAACUCCUUGCAGAUACUCGAGACUUUGAAAAGCGCGUGUACGAUCAGGUAUGCCAAGAUCAACUUCGACUGUACCAAGAAUCGUCUGUAUGA